GAAAUCGGAGAGAGGGAAGAAGUGUGGAGCCCCUCAACGAAACCUCCAUAAGAAAAGAAGGAAGCAGUGAGAGGAAAGGGUUUAAUUCAGAGGCUCAGCGCCUACUUUUCAGAGAGAACAAGAGGUAAAUUGUAAUCCGCAUUUUUCUCUCAGUGAGCAGCAAAGGAAACAUUUCAAGCAUUUUUAUUCUCUGAGAAGACAGUCAACUUAAAGAAUCAGCAAUGGCGCCCUCUCUCAUCCAGGCCUACAGGAGGCGCUGGUGGAUGGCAGUGACUGCGGUAAUUGAAAACCUGCUGUGUUCAGCUGUGCUGCUGGGUUGGGGUUCCCUGCUUAUCAUGCUGAAAAGGGAAGGUUUCUACUCCCACCUAUGCACAGAUACAGAGAACAAGACUGUGGUCAUGCUUUUAAGUAACCACUCCGAUGGGGAGACGGAGGAGUGGCCAAGCUGUGUGGAUCAGGAGGAGAUGCUGAAUCUGGGCUUCACUAUUGGCUCCUUCUUACUCAGUGCCACCACCCUGCCGCUCGGUAUCCUGAUGGACAAGUUUGGGCCACGUCCGAUCCGCUUAAUGGGCAGCUCUUGUUUCGGCCUGUCCUGUGUAAUCAUUGCUGCGUCUGCAUAUGACCCACAUGUUCUGUCAGCGCUCAUUUUCUUGGCUCUCUCCCUGAACGGAUUUGGAGGCAUCUGCCUGACCUUCACUUCACUCACGCUUCCCAACAUGUUUGGUGCUCUCAGCUCGACUGUCAUGUCUCUGAUGAUUGGCUCCUAUGCCUCCUCUGCUGUCACAUUCCCUGGAGUCAAGCUCAUCUACGACGCAGGCGUCUCCUUCCAGGUGAUCAUGUGGAUGUGGGCGGGUCUUGCCGGGUUUGUCUUUUUCAACUGUUUCUUCAACUGGCCCGCUGAAGGUUUUCCAACACCUGACGAGGUCGACUACAGUAAGAUCCUCACACUGCAAGAGCUGCCGUCAUCUGACCAGAAGGGUGCCUCAGAGAGACUGAGCGAGAAAAAUGGAGACAUCCGACACUCCACAGAAAAAAUUCCUAAUGGAACCGAUGCUGCACCCAAUACUACCCCCUUCAGGCGGUCUGUUUUCUCUCCCAUCUUCCUGUGGAGUCUGGUUACUAUGGGGAUGUCCCAGCUCAGGAUCAUCUUCUUCAUGGGGGCCAUGAACAAGAUGCUGGAGUUUAUGGUCACACAUGGUGAAGAGCAUCCGUCUGAGCAGCUGGAGAUUGAGGCAGAGGAAAAAGUGAGUUUCUACGCUUCCAUAUUCGGAACAUUGCAGCUGCUGUGUCUGGCCACAUGUCCUCUGAUUGGAUACAUCAUGGACUGGAGGAUGAAGGACUGUGUAGAUGAGAAGGGUGUCUCAGCCAAAGAGAAGAGACAGACCAGUGUACCCAUGAGGGACCGCAAGAUCCAGAAAGUCACCAAUGCAAUGAGAGCCUUCAUUCUUACUAAUGUGCUGCUGCUCGCUUUUGGAUGCUGCUGCCUCAUUGACAACCUACCUCUACAGAUCUUCACCUUUAUCCUCCACACUAUGGUCCGAGGCUUCAUCCACUCCUGCUGCGGAGGCCUUUAUGCUGCUGUCUACCCGUCCAACCACUUUGGCACCCUGACAGGCCUUCAGUCCAUGAUCAGCGCUGUGAUUGCUCUGCUGCAGCAACCGCUCUUCAUUGCCAUGGUGGGACCUCUGGAAGGAAACCCCUACUGGAUCAACCUUGGCCUGCUGAUCUUCUCAUUGGCUGGCUUUCUGUUGCCUGGUUACUUGUAUUACCAUCGUAGGCACUUGAUUAGGGAAAAGGAGGCCAGAGACAAGCAGGCUGCUGAACAGGAGAUGCAGGCACUCAGACACACCGAAACCAACGGCCAUAAACCGCACAGCAAUGGCCUUGCUGCGGUGGAGGCUUAAAAACAGCACAGCAGAGUCAAAGAUGAGGAGAGCUGUAGGAUCUAGUUUUGUAUAUGCCUUCAAAGUGAGCACCAGCAAUCUACUCUCUCAUAAAUAUGAGGCUUUUCUAUUUCAGCAUAUACACUCAUUGCUGGUUCACAUUUUGCCCUUCAAAUAAUCCAAAUCAGUAAAAUAGGAUGUCCUGUGCUUUUAUUGUAUGAGUCAGAUCAAGACUUUAAGUUCCCUGUGAAACUAAAAGGAACACUAUCAUCAUCAUCAGUUGUUGCUGUUAAUUUUGGUUUGGGUCAGAGAGCCAAACUAGUGUGAUUUAAAGCCAUAGAUUUCACUCACGCACAUGAAAAGACACACGCACAAAUCCCGGUAUGACUUGCUGUGUUAUAUUGCGGAAAUCACGGUACUUGAAGAGUUUUCCAAGACUUGACAUGACAUGACAAUCCUCGCUAACACCAAAGAACAGCUGAAAUCGACCAGGAAAGUUACACGCUCUACUCAAGAAAGCAAGCCUAGAGUACAUUGUGCUGGUUCCACUGUAAGCUUUGGAAGCCAAGAACAGCCAUGCAUGCAAGUUUUUUCCCACUAUGUUAAACUCAAGAGCCUAACUUAUUUGGUCAUCUUCAGAAAAAGGACUUUUAUUGUCUCAAGAUAACACAACUGAUAUCACAAGUGAACUAAAGAAUUUUCUUGAACCACACACUCAUUUUCACCUCCUCAAUAAAGAUUCUGUGAUCUUGAGAAAACGAAAGUCAUUUUCUGGCAGCAAAUAAUUAAUUUAUUUUGAUAAAAUCGGCCUUUGUUGUCUUGAAAUUAGAGUUACAGUUACAAUACUAAAAACUGCACGCUCUGCUGGUCUUGGCCUUCGUAUAAAUCUAUCCAGUAAAAGCUGUACAUAUAUAUCUAUAGAACACUAGUCAAUGCAAAAAAAGCUAUUAAAGAAAGCAUCUGGAUAUCUAAAUACCAAACUUCAGGUCAGCUUCGAUAGGCCUUUGGGGCAUUUUUAGAUCCCAGAUAAUCAGAGACACUCUUGUAAAUGUUCACGCACAAAUAGACUGGUUGUAGAGAAACCACAUCUACCUCCUCUGUUUCCUUUUUGUACUGUCUCUGCAACCAACCCUGACAUCUGUCCAUUCGUAUUUUGUCUAUUUGAGUAAACAUAAUUCCCAAAGGAGUGUUUUUUUUUCAGUUCAUGAUUUCUCCUUGUGCGUUCAUGUUCCUCAGCCCUCGCAUUUCUGGAAUGUUUUAUGAGUAGGAAAAGAAAAAUAUGAAAAUGCCACGAGGAGAAAUAGGACUGAUUUUUUAAAAGUUCCAACACACAGAGUGUGUGUGUGUUGAUGUAAUGGAACACUUUUUACUGCUUUAUGCACAGAAAUGAACUAGUGUGUGUAUAAAAUAUGUAUUUAAGUGUAUUUUUAUACUCUAGCGCAGUAGCAUUAAAAAGGGAAGCAUUUGUUUCUGUAUUUUUGUAGUGUGCUUAUCGUAUAUGAAGCUGUCAUGAUUUUUUUUUGUGUAUCAUGCUUUUGGAUUUCUGCUUUUUUUAGUCUUUUUGAUUUUGGAGACCUCCAUGUGUUGUAAAUAGAACUGAGCUGUGUUUUUAUUUUGUUACAUAUUCAGCCUGCUCUUCUAUAUAUGGGUGUGUACAGUGUAUUAAAAUAUUUUUACUGAUGGCUGUGGUCAAACUUGCUUUUUACUGCUUUUUCUGCUUAAAUGCUAAAAAGACAGUAAAAAGGUUCAGCCUGCUGAAGAUGAAAACAGAAAAAUGUACUGUCAUCCAAAGUUAAAACAAAAUGUGUUUAUUUUUACACAUUUAUAACAGUGUCUUGAUGAAGCAUGAAAUCAUCUGUAAUAAAUUCAAAUUUUAAUCAUUUCUCUAUCUCAAUAACAGACAGCUUUUUUCUUUCACACCUGGAGUAGUUUCUGCUGUUGUCUAGAUCUUCAUUCAUAAAAAGUAGUAAGCUUGUUGGAUCGUUUCUCUCUUGCUUUAAAGGAAACUAAGUCUGUGCCUUUGCUGUUACCCAGACUUUAUGUAAUCUAUAUUGUGGGAUACUGCCUCUGCCAAACAUCUUUCUCUGUAUACCAAAGCCAUGUGUAGAGACUGUGAGCCAGUUGAUACUCCGGCACGUUUCCUCAGGAGAAUAAACAGGAUAGAGAGAUCAGGAAUGUCUGAUUCUACAGUGAAGCAAACAACACUUUGGUCACAAUGUUUUGUUUCUUUUUUCUUUAACUUGUGUUUAGAGUAUUUUUGAGUACAUUUCAGGAUGUGCUGGUAAAACUUGUCAAACAUU